GGGCGCGGACGGGGCGGGGCCUGUGCGCGGAGCUGUCCAGCACCCCAAGGCGGGGCGUGAGCCCCCAGCCCGCCCCAGCCGCCUCCGCCCGCCCUGCCAGCGCCACUGCGGCUCGGCGGGCGCGUCACGUGGCUAGCGCAGCUAGGCCUCCGGGCUCCGGGCGCGGGUGAGGGGCCGGGCGGGACGGCCGACAGACCCGCAGACGCUCCACCGGCGGCACCCGGCCGGGCAGGCUGGGGGCAGCGCGGGGCUGCCUGGGGGCGCCGGGGCCGGGCGGGCUGCGCGUCGCGGGGCAUGGGCGCGCCGGGGGUCCCCGGGCCCAGGCCGGCCGCGGCGGGGCUCCUGGGGCGCGGGGGCAGCGGCGGGCGGGGGUCCUCCCUGGCGGCCGCCGCUGAGCCCCCGCGGGGCCCGUGACGCCGCGGCCGAUGUGGCCCCGCGCGCGCUACGGGCCUGCACCGCCACCGCACAAAGACGCCUUGGGAGCCGCCGUCUGCGCCUGGGCCGCAGCCGCCGCGCCAGCCGGAGCCCGAGCCCGAACCCCGGCUGCAGCCGGAGCCACAGCCGGAGCCGGGCAACAGGAGGCGGCGCCCGCGGGCCGCCGAGCCCGGCAUGGAUAAGCGCGCGGCCCCGGGGCUGGAGGGCGCGCCGGGCGCCCGGGCGCAGCUGGCCGUCGUCUGUCUCGUGAACAUCUUUCUCACCGGGAGGCUCAGCAGUGCGGUUCCUGCCUUAGAUGGGCCGGCCUUUCCGACAGCGGCCUGCAGCGGGAAGCUGGAGCAGCACACGGAGCGGCGCGGGGUCAUCUACAGCCCUGCCUGGCCCCUCAACUACCCGCCGGGGACCAACUGCAGCUGGUACAUCCAGGGCGACCGUGGGGACAUGAUCACCAUCAGCUUCCGCAACUUUGACGUGGAGGAGUCUCACCAAUGCUCCCUGGACUGGCUCCUGCUGGGCCCAGCGGCCCCGCCCCGCCAGGAGGCCUUCCGCCUCUGUGGUUCCGCCAUCCCACCUGCCUUCAUCUCUGCCCGUGACCACGUCUGGAUUUUCUUCCACUCAGACGCCUCCAGCUCCGGCCAGGCCCAGGGCUUCCGUCUGUCUUACAUCCGAGGGAAGCUGGGCCAGGCAUCCUGCCAGGCAGAUGAGUUCCGCUGUGACAAUGGCAAGUGCCUGCCUGGCCCAUGGCAGUGCAACACCGUGGAUGAGUGUGGGGACGGCUCUGACGAGGGCAACUGCUCAGCGCCCGCCUCUGAGCCUCCGGGCAGCCUGUGCCCCGGGGGGACCUUCCCGUGCAGCGGGGCGCGCUCCACGCGCUGCCUGCCAGUGGAGCGGCGCUGCGACGGCUUGCAGGACUGUGGCGAUGGCUCUGACGAGGCAGGCUGCCCUGACCUGGCGUGUGGCCGGCGGCUGGGCAGCUUCUACGGCUCCUUUGCCUCCCCCGACCUGUUUGGCGCGGCCCGUGGGCCCUCGGACCUUCACUGCACGUGGCUGGUGGACACGCAGGAAUCGCGGCGGGUGCUGCUGCAGCUGGAACUGCGGCUGGGCUACGAUGACUACGUGCAGGUAUACGAGGGCCUGGGCGAGCGCGGGGACCGCCUGCUGCAGACACUGUCCUACCGCAGCAACCACCGGCCUGUGAGCCUGGAGGCUGCCCAGGGCCGGCUCACUGUGGCCUACCAUGCACGCGCCCGCAGCGCCGGCCACGGUUUCAAUGCCACCUACCAGGUGAAGGGCUACUGCCUCCCCUGGGAACAGCCAUGCGGGAGCAGCAGUGACGAUGACGGGGGCAGUGCGGGCGACCAGGGCUGCUUCUCAGAGCCACAGCGCUGCGACGGCUGGUGGCAUUGCGCCAGCGGCCGAGAUGAGCAGGGCUGCCCCGCCUGCCCGCCCGACCAGUACCCCUGUGAGGGUGGCAGUGGUCUGUGCUACGCGCCUGCUGACCGCUGCAACAACCAGAAAAGUUGCCCCGAUGGCGCCGAUGAAAAGAACUGCUUCUCCUGCCAGCCUGGCACCUUCCACUGCGGCACCAACCUGUGCAUCUUUGAGACGUGGCGCUGUGACGGCCAGGAGGACUGCCAGGAUGGCAGCGAUGAGCAUGGGUGCCUGGCCGCUGUGCCCCGAAAGGUCAUAACGGCGGCGCUCAUCGGCAGCCUGGUGUGUGGCCUGCUGCUGGUCAUCGCACUGGGCUGUGCCUUCAAGCUCUACUCACUUCGCACGCAGGAGUACAGGGCCUUUGAGACCCAGAUGACGCGCCUGGAGGCUGAGUUCGUGCGGCGGGAGGCACCCCCGUCCUAUGGUCAGCUCAUUGCCCAGGGCCUCAUUCCACCCGUGGAGGACUUUCCUGUCUACAGUGCAUCCCAGGCCUCCGUGCUGCAGAAUCUUCGCACGGCCAUGCGGAGACAGAUGCGUAGGCAUGCCUCCCGCCGGGGGCCCUCUCGCCGCCGUCUUGGCCGCCUCUGGAACCGGCUCUUUCACCGGCCACGGGCGCCCCGAGGCCAGAUCCCGCUGCUGACCGCGGCACGCCCCUCACAGACCGUGCUGGGCGACGGGCUUCUCCAGCCUGCACCAGAGGCUGCCCCCAACCCCCCGGCACCCCUCAUGGACACAGGCAGCCCCAGGGCGGCCAGAGAUGGACCCCCCAGUGCCCCCGGCCACGUACUGGAGGUGGGACCUUCAGGGCCACCCCUGCCCUUGGGCCUGCAAGACCCAGAGUGUAGGCCCAUGGACAAGGACAGAAAGGCCUGCAGGGAGCCUCUGGCAGACAGCCCAGCUCCUGUGGAUGCACCUCGGGAGCCCUGCUCAGCCCAGGACUCGCACCCCCAGGCCUCCACUGCCAGCAGCACCCUGAGCCCCCACUCACCAGAGCCACUGAGGGUCUGCAGGAGCCCCCCGCCCCACUGCUCCCCAAUGCUGGAGGCCAGCGACGAUGAGGCCCUGCUGGUCUGCUGACCGCUGGUGGCACCUGUCGUCCCCAGAGCUGGGAGUUGUCGUGAGGAUGGAGCCGGGCCGUGGGGACGCUGGAUCUCAUCCACGGUGACUGUUCUGCCCACGCCUCGCCCUCCUCCUGUCCAACAGGGCUCCUGGAGGAGCCGAGUUGGGCAGCUCCUGCGAACCCUCAUGUCCCUGGCCAGGCGGGUGCCCUCCGCCCUCCCUAAGGGUCUAAUCUCCUGAGUACUGUGGCAGGGCUGGGGUGUGUGUAUCUGGCAUCAGGAAGCCCCUGGAGUCCCCUGCAGGCCUCGAGGCCCCCAGGACAUGCUACUCUCUGCUUUCUGGGGACAGAGAGGCCAGGGCACCAACAGCAGUGGCCACAUUCAUUCCAUCCUAUCUCAGGGCCUCAGUUUCCCCACCUGUAAGCCAGGGUGUGACUGUAGGCUCUGAAGUCCUGACCUUCACUCUGUGAUUUACAGGAGGAAAGACAAUCCCAGCCGGGAGCCCCUGAGUUCUCCUGGGUGGCCAAGCUUAGACUGGCAUGGAGGACCUGGGGGAGGGGUGGACUGAGCUGCUCCCCCAUCCUAGAUGUCCCUUUGGGCAAGGGUGACUCUGGGUGCCAUGGUAAGGAGUGCCUGUGUCAAGUGGCAAAGCCCCCAAAUGUUGAGAGCCUCCUCCAGAGCACCCACUGAGGUGCACCCCAGCUGGCCCCGUCUGUGCCCAUCAGGGACUCCCCAUAGCACGAGCGAACAGCCAGCCCUGUUUAUUUAUAGGCCUUUUCAGGAAAAGCUAGCAGGGCAGCGCUAACACGGGAGACCCAGUCCACAUUUUAGCUUCCUUAAAACAGGCUUCUAAGAGUCAUAUCUUUUUUUUUUUUUUUCCAGAAAAAAAAAAAACUUUUUUGCCAAACAUCUCCUCAAUAAACAUGUAAACAGAAA